CUUCCUGUUAAUUAUGUAAACCAUUUCAUAAUACAAAAAUAAGGUAGUUUCAAAGUGAAACAUGAUUUUAAAUAUGGAAAAGGUGUAUAUAAGAGUGUUGAUUUGUAUAGUGAAAAUGAUUGUUUUGGCUUUAAAAUGUGCAGAUGCUGCAACAUUGACGAUAUCAUCCCCGUCAAAUUGUGGAAAGGAUACAACAUUAACUUGCAUGGAUGCCAACCCAUUCUCGUUCUGGGCUAUUUAUCAUAAUGGUUUAAAAAUUCUAACGGAAACUGCUAACUUUCCUAAGUAUAGUAGCACUUUAUCAGAGAACACUCUUGUGGUAACCAUACAUUACACCAGUCUCAAUGAUAUAGGACGCUACACCUGUUUCGCUGAUUACACUCAAUCAAUGAACGUCUCUUUACUGUUUGAAUGUAAGGCAACGGCCGUUAUUGAGACAAUUUUGAACACAAAGAAACUCAAGCUACAGCUUGAAAAAGUGUAUCCAAGAAAUAUAUCGCUAACAGCUAGUUUUGAGAGUGGUGGAAUUUCAGCGGUUCUCGGUGGCACUCCCAUCUGCAAACCGAGUACAACUUUCGAGGGUUAUUUUUCUUGUACAUGGACCUCAGACUCUUCGUUGUCGGACGGACAGUACACGUAUAGAGCAGUGGUAACAACCUUGACAGCUAGUACUGUCAGUGGCAGUUUCCAAAUAGCCACUCCCGAUGCUCCAACGUUUUCCAACAUCGCCAACGAAAAUAACCAGGUAGUUCUCCGUGGGGAUGUGGGGAGCCCAUUGAAUGUGACAUGUACCUCUUCCGGUGGCUAUCCCGUUCAGACAGUCGUAUUAUACUUUGACGGUAACCAACGAACAUCGGCAAACACAGGAACACUUCAGAAUGAUUUGUACACAGUUGCCGUGACGUAUACCAUGCCAUCACCAGCACGCAUAGACGAUUCGAAAACAUUUUGCUGCAACUCGUCUUAUCCAAAUGCGGAUAUUGGCUAUAAAGACAAUCGUGGAAACUGUUUUCCUCUCUGGUUAAACUACAGUGCAAUUAUUGUAUCAAUGACCGACCAAACGGCAAGAGAAGGAGAUACAAAGUUUGCACUCAAAUGUCAGGCAUGGAGCAAGCCUCCCGCCACCUUUCGCUGGUACAAAGAAGGAAACACAACCCUUCUACGCCAGUCCACUGGGACGCUUGAUGACAACUCGGGAACUUACGUCAUCCCAUUCGUUUCUAGGCUACACGCUGGUCGCUACGAGUGUCGUGCAGAGAAUGGAGUAGGAAAUGCUGAUGCAAAACACGUUCAUUUAUCUGUGCAAUUUCCAGCACUGAAUACAACAAUCACAGGACAUACAGACAUUUAUGGCAAUGGAAUAAACAAAGUAACUCUGACAUGCAGCACUGGGUCUUCAAACCCAUCUUCUAACAUCACGUGGUAUCGUAACAGUCAACAUAUCACCAGUAGCAACCCGGUAACGAAUUCGGCUGGGGAUUAUGGCGGGAAAAUCACGUCACAAAUUUUAGAGUUUGUUCCCACGCGGGAGAUGGACGGUCACGUGUUGGAAUGUAGAGCUGGAAACGGAAUGUCAAGCUCAGUUGCCCAGUGGGCUCGAGUUGGUCUAGAUAUCAAAUACGACCCUAUCGUUUCCGUGACUACGGGGUCAGUUGAGAUGGACGAGACUCAUUCAGGUUCCUUAUCAUGCACUGUCGAUAGUAAACCACCGUCCACAAUCACCUGGAGCAGGGUCGACAGCGCUAGCGCCUUACCGACAGAUAGUAUGACUAGGGGCAACAACUCGCUAAAGUACAGGAUCAACACUGCACAGAGAGAGGAUGCCGGCCAGUAUCGAUGUACGGCAAACAACAUUUUUGGAGGCAACAAGCACAAUCAUACCCAGAUCGUCGUCAGAUACGCACCAGACGUUAUUGUCGUUACACAGAAUACCACUGUCAAUGCGUCAUCAGUGGAUGUACAAUGAAAUCCAAGUGGUGUUCCUGCAACAUACAAGUAUACGGCGUGGGAGCAGGUGUGGCCGGGAUACGG